AUGAAAGUUGCUUUUGUUCAGGUUGAAAAAAUAUUUAAUUUAAAGGAACCAUCAAAUGAAGAUGGACAAUUCCAAGUAUAUGCCAACUUAUUACCUCGUGAAGAUGGCUCAUCUGCGAGAUUUAAAGGAAGUCAUGAAUUAACAAGCAAUAUUACAUGGAAUUUUUUAUACGAGAAUCAAAACAAUUCAGCGAUUAGCAUAAUACUUCAAAAAGUUUAUCGAUCUGAAGAAGUUGGACGUGUGACACUCCCAUUAGUUUGGUUUCCUAAAAAUGCCGUUGUAACAGAUACUUAUCCAAUGAUAUCCCCACGAACAGGACUGCACAUUGCCGACGCCAUUGUUCGUGUUCACAUUUCAGAAAAUGGAGAAUGCCCGUUUACAGCUCCUGUUGGGAAACUGCUUGUUCGGUUGGCAAGAACAACACAAAACCCACAAAAUAAACAAAAUCCAACUCAAAAUCAACAAAAUUCUCCUCAUCAUAAAACAGAAAAACAUAAAUCUCCAACAGAAAAGGAGCAACCAGCACAAAAUCCAAAUCCAAAUCAUCCUCGACAAACCAAUUCUCAGGCUGCGCCAAAUCCACAAAAUAUUGACCCAAGAAUUGCAGGUUUUCCACAGAAUUACCUAUAUUACCCUAACUACCCACCACAGACGAUUGAUCCCAAUGCAAUAAAACAACCGGCAAGCCAGCCAAUUAUGCAAUUACACCCGUACGCACUUCCGAUGGUUCCUCCUGGAAUGAUUCCAAUUCCAGCACCAUAUCCAUACCCACAACCAGGAAUACCAGGUUCUAUGCCACAAAACGUUGCUUUUAUACCAUAUCCUUAUCCACCACCACCAAAUGGCCAAGCUCCGCCACCAGGAUACUUUAUUCCUGUUCCUCCUCCGGGAUAUCCUUAUAUGGCUCCACCAAUUAUACCACAAACUGCGCAACCACCACAAUCUCAAACUUCUGCUCAGAAACAGAAGCAUGUCGUUAAGAAACAUAGACCACCAAAACCACAUGCACCAAAUGAGCAAGGAAAACAACAAAAUCCAGAAAAUAAAAAUGAAUCCGAAAUUAAGAAAGAAGAACCAAAGAAAGAACCAGCUAAACCAACUGAAGACAAUAAAUCUGAACCAGAAAAGCAAAUUGAAGAACAAAAACAAGAAAAAGAAAAACAAAUCGAAGAAAAUACUUCAAAACAAGAGAAACAAACUGAUGAACCAGAAAAACAAGUAGAAGAAAAUACUUCGAAGCAAGAAAAACAAACAGAAGAACCAAAGCAAGAAAAAGAAAAACAAAUUGAAGAAAAUACUUCAAAACAAGAGAAACAAAGUGAUGAACCAAAACAAGAACCAGAAAAACAAGUAGAAGAAGAGAAGGCGGAAGAAAAAACAGUCAAAUCUGAACAAUAA